GUCCAAAAUUGCCAUCUUGCCCGGAGCGCAAGAAAACAAACUCCCUGCUCUCUGCUUCCAUAUGUUGUAAUAGCUUUUCAAAGCAAUUCCCUCCAUUAUCAUUAUUAAUCUUCGGCCUCUCAGCGAUCGAUCUCUGCUAAUUUUCCAUCCUCUUACAACCUUUCUGUAAAGAUCAUGAAGCUUGAUACCAGUGGUCUUGAAUCGGCGGCUUCGCUCUUCGGGGCGGGCAAUGAACUGUUUGAUGGGUUUUCUACUGCGCAUUCUUUUGAGCUUCCCGUUACAAAUAACUUUGAUGGGUUCCAGAAGGAAGCUAUACAAAUGGUGAAGCCUGCCAAGGGGACAACUACACUUGCUUUCAUUUUUAAAGAGGGAGUCAUGGUCGCUGCUGAUUCUCGGGCUAGCAUGGGAGGAUAUAUUUCAUCACAGUCUGUAAAAAAAAUCAUUGAAAUCAAUCCUUACAUGCUUGGUACAAUGGCUGGAGGAGCUGCUGACUGCCAGUUUUGGCACAGAAAUCUGGGCAUUAAGUGUCGGCUGCAUGAAUUGGCCAACAAGCGUAGAAUUUCAGUUACUGGGGCAUCAAAGCUUCUGGCAAACAUUCUGUACUCCUAUCGUGGAAUGGGUCUUUCUGUUGGAACCAUGAUUGCUGGAUGGGAUGAAACGGGUCCUGGAUUAUAUUAUGUGGACAGUGAAGGAGGAAGGCUGAAGGGAACAAGAUUCUCCGUUGGAUCUGGUUCUCCAUAUGCUUAUGGUGUACUAGACAGUGGGUUCCGGUAUGAUUUGUCAAUUGAAGAAGCUGCAGAGUUGGCUAGAAGGGCCAUUUAUCAUGCUACAUUCCGAGAUGGAGCUAGUGGUGGAGUUGCUAGCGUUUAUUAUGUGGGACCAAAUGGAUGGAAGAAGCUAUCUGGUGAUGAUGUUGGAGAACUCCACUACAGAUACUAUCCGGUUAUGCCCAGUACAGUGGAACAGGAGAUGGUUGAAGUAGCAGGGGCGUGAAUAAACUUUCUCAGGUUGGACCAGAUUGGCUACUUUUCCCCCUUCAUGAUACCUGACGAGAUGGCCUGCAUUUCAUCUUGGUUGUCUUCACUUAAUUCCUGGAACAAUUCAUGGAUUGAUGUGGCUUUUUGUCAAUGCCAUGAGAAUAUUAUUGUUAUUAUAUUUCCAUUAUAUAAUUCAGUGUCUUUUAGCCAUUUAAAAACAAUUUAUAGAAAAAGGGGAUUUUUGCA